GAGGUGGGAGGUCUCUCCAUCUCCCUCAUCCUCUGGGCUGUGCUGAACUCUGCCUUCGUCAUGGUGGGCGCUGUCAUUGUGGCGUUCUUUGAGCCAGGAGCAGCAGGAAGUGGGAUACCCCAGAUUAAGUGUUAUCUGAACGGAGUGAAGAUCCCCCGGGUGGUGAGACUCAAGACCCUGGUGGUGAAGGUGUGUGGUGUGAUCUGCUCUGUCGCCGGGGGACUCGCUGUCGGAAAGGAAGGUCCCAUGAUCCACUCUGGUGCCGUGGUGGCAGCAGGAGUCUCCCAGGGACGCAGUACCUCCCUGAAGAAAGACUUCAAGAUCUUUGAGUAUUUCCGUAGAGACACAGAGAAGAGGGACUUUGUAUCAGCUGGAGCGGCUGCAGGAGUGUCUGCUGCUUUUGGAGCACCAGUCGGUGGCGUUUUAUUCAGUUUGGAGGAGGGGGCUUCUUUCUGGAACCAGAUGCUCACAUGGAGGAUAUUCUUUGCGUCCAUGAUCUCAACAUUCACCCUGAAUUUCUUCCUGUCUAUCUACAAUAAUAAACCUGGAGAUCUCUCCAGCCCUGGUCUUAUCAACUUCGGACGCUUCGAGAGUGACAGUGUGGCCUACAACCUCUAUGAGAUUCCCUUGUUCAUUGUAAUGGGAGCUGCAGGUGGAUUGCUGGGAGCCCUGUUCAAUAUCCUCAACUACUGGCUGACUAUAUUCAGGAUCAGGUACGUCCACCGGCCCUGUCUCCAGGUGAUGGAGGCCAUGCUAGUUGCCGCGGUAACGGCGACGGUGUCGUUCGCCAUGAUCUAUUUCUCUAAUGACUGUCAGCCUCUCGGACCUGACCAGUCAGAGGACUACCCUCUACAGUUGUUCUGUGCGGAUGGAGAGUAUAACUCCAUGGCAACGGCCUUCUUCAACACACCCGAGAGGAGCGUCCGCAGUCUCUUUCACAACCCACCAGGUUCCUACAACCCCCUGACUCUAAGUCUGUUCACGUUGACCUAUUUCUUCCUGGCCUGUUGGACCUAUGGCCUGACUGUCUCAGCUGGAGUCUUCAUCCCGUCUCUGCUCAUAGGAGCAGCCUGGGGAAGACUGUUUGGGAUACUGUUGGCUGCUAUCACGCCCAACGGAUCGGUUUGGGCCGUUCCAGGGAAGUAUGCUUUAAUGGGAGCUGCAGCACAACUGGGGGGCAUCGUAAGGAUGACUCUCAGUUUAACAGUCAUCAUGGUGGAAGCAACAGGAAACGUGACAUACGGUCUCCCCAUCAUGUUGGUGCUGCUGACGGCCAAGGUCGUAGGGGACUACUUUGUGGAGGGUCUGUAUGACAUCCACAUCAAGCUGCAGAGUGUUCCCUUCCUGCACUUGGAGGCCCCUGCCACCUCCCACUGGUUAACAGCUAGGGAGGUGAUGGGUGCCCCAGUCACCUGUUUUAACCGUAUAGAAAAGGUUGGCACCAUCGUGGACGUCCUUAGCAACACCUCCACCAAUCACAACGGCUUCCCUGUCGUCGUGCCGGUCGCCGCUGGCGAUGAUCUGGGGAAGAUCUGUGGACUCAUCCUUCGUUCUCAGCUCAUUGUUCUGCUCAAACACAAGGUGUUUGUAGAGCUGGCUCGGUCCAGGUUGACCCAGAGGAAGCUACAGCUGAAGGACUUUAGGGAUGCCUACCCCCGCUUCCCCCCCAUCCAGAGUAUCCACGUCUCCCAGGAUGAGAGGGAGUGCAUGAUGGACCUGACAGAGUUCAUGAACCCUACACCCUACACCGUACCACAGGAGACGUCUCUUCCUCGUGUGUUUAAGUUGUUCAGAGCUCUGGGUCUCAGGCACCUGGUGGUAGUGGACAGCGAGAACAGGGUUGUAGGUCUGGUGACCAGGAAGGACUUGGCUCGCUACCACCUGGGGAAACACGGACUGGAGGAGAUGCAACUGGCUCAGACAUGAGCACAUCGUACUAUCAUUACUACCACACACACACACACACACACACACACACACACACACACACACACACACACACACACACACACACACACACACACACACACACGACCGAGAGACUACACUGGUCACCUGUUGCCUAGUUACCUGUGAGACCCCCCAAUCUAUGCAUUCUGAUACUCCCGGGGUUAGAGGUCAGGGGUCCUUGUCAAUCACCGAUGCCAAAACAGUCCGUCUGACUUUCACCAUAACAGCAUAACAACUACAGCCUCUCGCUCUCGCUCU